AUGUCAAGGUCGAUGUGGCAAGAUGGGACGCCAUCUUUGUUGCUGUGCUUCAUGCAGAUGUUCCGUGCCGUGGGCGCACUCUGCAAGCGAUUCGGCAACGCAUCCAAGAUCACCGGGCUGCUGUCGACCAUUUUCUUCGUCUACGGAGACGUCACUAGCGGCGUAGGUAAUCUCAUCCCAUACGAGAAAAUGCACGUCUGGUUCCGCUGGAUCUUCUACCUCAACCCCGGCGCGUACGCCUUUGAGGCCCUCAUGGCCAACGAGUUCGUGUGUAAAUCGCUCCAGUGCGUGCAGCCGGACUACAUCCCUUACGGGGCUGGAUAUCCCGGCUCGGAAUCCCCGUACCGGGGGUGCUCGAUCCCCGGCAGCCAGGGUGACAUGAUACUCGGGGCGCAGUAUAUCCGCGCACAGUACAAUUACUCGUGGCAUCACAUUUGGCGGAGCUUCGGGGUGAUUGUUGGCUUCUGGAUUUUCUUUAUCGUUUUGACGGCGAUGGGGCUCGAGCUGCUCAAUAGCCAGGGCGGAUCGUCUGUUUUGCUGUACAAGCGGGGGAGAAAAUCGGAAGAAACUCCGACCCCGGUGCAGGAGGGCGCACUGGCGUCGCAUGUCAAGCAGUCGACCUUCACCUGGCAUAACCUCGACUACCAUGUCCCCUACCAGGGUGAGAAGAAGCAGCUCCUGGAUAAGGUUUUUGGGUUCGUGAAGCCAGGUAACCUAGUUGCGCUGAUGGGAUGUUCCGGCGCCGGAAAGACAACACUUCUGGAUGUGCUGGCCCAGCGCAAGGACAGCGGCGAGAUCUACGGCUCGAUUCUGAUUGACGGCCGGCCGCAAGGAAUCAGUUUCCAGCGCACGACGGGAUACUGCGAGCAGAUGGACGUGCACGAGGCGACGGCCACGGUCCGGGAGGCUUUGGUCUUUUCGGUGGUGCUGCGCCAGCCGGCUCAUGUUCCGCGGGAGGAGAAGCUGGCCUACGUAGAUCACAUCAUUGAUCUGUUGGAGCUGCGCGAUAUCGGCGACGCGUUGAUUGGAGUCCCCGGCGCCGGUUUGAGCAUCGAACAGCGGAAGAGAGUAACCCUCGGCGUGGAACUGGUCGCCAAACCGACACUGCUCUUCCUGGAUGAACCCACCAGUGGUUUAGACGGGCAGUCCGCGUACAAUAUCAUCCGGCUUCUGCGGAAACUGUUCGACGGCGGGCAGGCAAUGCUGUGCACGAUUCACCAGCCCUCCGCUGUCCUCUUCGAGGCCUUCGACUCGCUCCUGCUGCUCGCGCGCGGCGGCAAGAUGGCGUACUUUGGCGAAACGGGCAAAGACUCGCAGAUCGUCCUGGACUACUUCGCCCGGCAUGGAGCCCCGUGUCCUCCCGACGAGAACCUCGCCGAGCACAUCGUCGAGGUGAUCCAGGGCAACACGGACAAGCCGAUCGAUUGGGUGCAGGUGUGGAACGAGUCCGAGCAGAAACAGAGCGCGCUGGCCCAGCUGCAAGAUCUCAACGCCCGCGGCAAAGCCGACGCCAACUACGUCGAGGACACGGCCGACUACGCGACGUCGAAAUGGUUCCAGUUCACGAUGGUGACGAAGCGGCUCGGGUCCAAAAUAUACCACUCGCUCGCCUUCAUCGGCGCCCAGACCGUCUCCGAGAUCCCCUACCUCAUCCUCUGCGCCACCCUCUACUUCGCCUGCUGGUACUUCACCGCAGGCUUCCCCGCCACCGCCAGCAUCUCGGGGCACAUGUACCUGCAGAUGAUCAUCUACGAGUUCCUGUACACGUCGAUCGGGCAGGUGAUCGCGGCGUACGCACCCAACGAGUACUUCGCGGCGGUGAUGAACCCCGUGCUGAUCGGCGCGGGGCUGGUCAGCUUCUGCGGCGUCGUGGUGCCCUACUCGCAGAUGCAGCCGUUCUGGCGGUACUGGCUGUACUACCUCGAUCCGUUCACGUACCUGGUCGGCGGCCUGCUGGGUGAGGUCCUCUGGGAUGUGAAGGUGCGCUGCGAGCCGUCGGAGCUGGUGCGGUUCAGUGCGCCGGUGGGACAGACGUGCGGCGAGUACAUGGCUGCGUUUCUGGCUGAGAAGCCGGGGUAUUUGUUGAUGGGAAUGCGACGGCGUGAGCGGUAUUACUCCUGGAGAGAUACCGGGAUUACGGCGCUGUUUUGCAUCUCGAGCUAUGCGAUGGUGUUUCUGAUGAUGAAGCUGAGGAGCAAGAAGACCAAGAGUGCCAGGUCGGAGUAG